CGGACCCCUCCAUUCGCAGGCCACCGAACAGCACUGCAGGUCUGGGCUCUUGCUCGGCCGACGCUGGUCAUCCCCAUAUCGAGCAAUGGGACCCCAUCCUACGAAAUAUGCUUUUUUGUUCGCUGCAAAACUACCGCAACAUCCCCUCUUUCUGGCUUGCGUGUCAGAUACGCUCAUAUGCCGCUUGUCUCCUGGUUUUGUGUGGGCAAUAUCUGCCCGGUAGAUGCCGCUGGGGCGGGCAGGCGUGCCGAUGGGGAGGGAUUCGGGCUUGCAGACGAAUGCACUGAUAUGCAUGUCGAUCCAUCCCACUCAUGCAUCGGGCCACUUUGGCCUGAUGUCCUCCUUUCGCAUGGAAGCGUCGGGCAGGUUUCCUCUGUGCCAAAGUGCUUUCAGAACCGGUCCAGGUCACGGGGCCCACGGUCUCGCUGUCCUUCCAGCUUUCCCACACCCACUGCUGACACUAGCGUUGAUGUUCUGGCUGCCUUUGCGUGACGCUCGAGACUUGCUGCUCACAAAAGAGUUGCUUUUUGGUCCUGCAAUAAAAGCUCAUUUCCUUUGCAUAGCAUUCGCGCUCCUGGCAGCAGAAACAGGGCGCGAGCUCUGGUGAUCACAAUAACAAAUACUGCCGUCUUUCUGGCCAUCCGCUGAUCUUGUACCACACGCUUCAAUAAACCUGCUCUUUGCACACCAGCGCC